UCUUCCCAAAUAUAGGCAUUAAUUAUAGGUUCUCAGAUGCAAUUAGAUAGUUCGAAACAAAAACGACGUGUCGCUGUAAAUGGAUUCAGCUUGACCGCGCCUGCUUCACAGACACAAGCAACUAUUUUAGAAUCCAGCGAAAAUGAGAAUCAGUGUUGAAAUGAAGGGUAACCAAACCUUGCCACUUUCGUAUUCAAGGAUGAGCAAGAAACUAGACUAGAGAGUUGAGAGAAAUAUGGCAGAAGCUGCGAAACUCCCAAUCAUAGACCUCUCCUCAACCGAUCUCAUAUCCACUGCUAAUUUCAUCCGUCAGGCAUGUGUGGAAUAUGGUUUCUUUUACCUUGUAAAUCAUGGAGUGGAGGAAGAGUUGCUCGCUCGAGUUUUUGAAGAGUCUCGGAAAUUCUUCUCUCUCCCUUUAGCUGCGAAGAUGAAUUUGCUUCGCAAGGAACACAGAGGUUACACCCCAUUGUAUGCUGAGAAUCUCGAUCCUUCUUCCAGUUCUAAAGGUGACUCAAAGGAAAGCUUCUAUAUUGGUCCUUUAGAAAAGAGUUGCCUCAACCAGUGGCCCUCACAAGAACUUCUCCCUUCUUGGAGACCCACCAUGGAGUCUUACUAUUGCAAAGUUAUGUCUGCUGGAAAAAAACUUAUCUCUUUGAUUGCUCUGGCUCUGAACUUGGAUAAGGAUUACUUUGAGAAAAUAGGAGCAUUGGAUGAACCAGAAAGCUUUCUUCGCCUCUUACAUUAUCCAGGUGAACUGGGGCAUUUUGAGGAACAAAUAUUUGGUGCUUCAGCACAUUCAGAUUAUGGAAUGAUCACUCUUCUGGUGACUGAUGGUGUGCCAGGACUUCAGGCAUAUGUCUAUUCUACCUCUGUUUGUAGGGAGAAAUUCAAGGAUCCACAGACCUGGGAAAAUGUGUUCCAUAUGAAUGGGGCCUUCAUAGUUAACAUUGGGGACAUGAUGGAGAGGUGGACUAAUUGUUUGUUUCGGUCCACGCUACACAGAGUGAUGCCAACAGGACAAGAACGCUACUCUCUGGCAUUCUUCUUAGAUCCUAACACAGAAUGCAUUGUGCAAUGUUUGGGAAGUUGUUGCAGUGAAUCCAGGCCCCAAAGGUUGCUUUGCGCACCAUUUUUGCUGACCUCUUUCAAAAAGCUGGUGUUACUUUAAUGAUUUGAAUUGACUAUGUUAAAAAUCUAUUAAUUCAUCAAGAAUAUACAAGUUAAAACUUUGGAGGUUCAUUUGUAAACGUUUUCUUUACAUUGACAACAGAAUCAAUUAAGAUACUGUUAUGUGGAUAUUAGCUAGCGAUUGAAAAUGGGGAUAACAUCUGUGGGCUAUGUUUGCAGAUUUCCUCCAAUUCGCAGCGGGGAUUAUCUGAAAGAGCGAUUGAUGCUUACUUACGGCUCAUAGAAUUGAGGCAGAGCCCACAAAAAACUGCUAGAAAUGAUCGGAGGUUUCAUACCAUAUCUUUGUAUUCAAAAGUGAAAGUUGCAAACAAGCUAUUGUGGAAUGCUGAAAAUCUGAUACUUCCUACUUGAUGGAUAAUUUGGCGCUCGUAUCGAUUUUCAUUAUGCA